UAUUAUAAAUAUAAAUGAUAUUAUAAUAAGAAGUCAUGAGUUAUAAUCAACAAGUACCUUGUGAGGAUGAUGGGACAAUGUGGAUAUUUUCUGAACACUCUUAUACUUCACACGAAACAGAAAACUCCCUAAUGGUCUGGAAUGAAAUUCAGGAUGAUACAAAAAGAAAAGUUGACAAUGAAAUACGUUCUUUUCGUGAAAGAAUUCAGCAUUUACUUGCUGAGCAACGCCUUCAAAGCGAGUACUUGCUUGGAAUAUAUAAUAAUGAUGUUUAUAAAGAUUUAAAUAAUGAAGUCAAUAAAAAGGUUCCAGAGAGAGAGAAGCUCUCAGAGAGUACUCAUAGGAACCACCACAGCCAGGUUCCAAGUACCCAGCUCAGCAACAACGUAUUUUUAGAUUCUGAGUACUCAACUUUUAACUCAGAUAUAGAUAACUUUUCCGAUGGGUCUCUUAUCAGCAAUGAUCAACUGAUUCAACCAGGGUCAAGAAAGUAUGAAUUUAUUGCUCGAAUAUUAGCAGCUACUAUUAGAAUACAUAAUGCGAUAUCAUCGUAGAUGAUGUCAUCAUAGAUUGUUUAUAAGAAAGCGUUAGAUUUAUUGUUUUCUUUGAUAAGCAGACUGAGAUUUUAUCUGAAAUGAAUUUUUUUUUUCAAAAGUGAAGUUGGAAAUAAUAAAUUGUGUUUUAAAACGACUGUUUAUAA